CGCAUGCGCUGCUGAGACUCAUUUCUGUGGAGCACAGGUGAAGAGUCCCGCGGAGAGACAAAAUGAUGCUUUCCAACUCAAUAGUGGCCGGUGCUCUGCUCAUACUGAGUGUCAGUCUGUGGAGCUGCACAACAGCUCUCGGCGAUGAUGCAGUGGAUUGUUGUUUAACCACCAGCGACCGGCGAAUCCCUCAGAAAGUGGUGACGACUUUCACCAUUCAGACCGGAGAAGGAGGCUGCAGAAUUCCUGCCACAAUAUUUGUCACAAAGAAGGGCUUGAAGCUCUGCGCACCGUUUCCGAGCGGGAAUAACUGGGUGAGCAAAUUGAUUGACCACAUUCUGGGAAGAGAAAAACCAGCACAAAAACGACCCAGAAAACCUAAAGGAAAGAAACAGAGACAGCAGUGAAUGGCACCAUCGGAUGAUCCAGGUC